AUGAAUUUACUCUACCUAUCGAGGACUGGGUCAAAUAUGUCCGGCGAAUAUUCCGGCCUACAAGCUCGCAUAAAAAAACACAAUGCCAAAGCUCUAUACAUACUAUGUGCAGCUCAUUUUUUAAAUCUGAUAGGUUCUUGUGCUGCGGAAAGUUGUUUACAGGCAACAGAGUUUUUCAUGUUAUUAAAUGAACUCUACUUUUUCUUCUCAUCUUCCACUGCUAGAUGGGAUAUUUUGAAACAAACUUUAAGUGAGUCUGAAAAUGGAGACGGAGAAGCAAGAAACAAUUUGCUCCCAAAAAAAUUAAGUGCAACUCGAUGGUCUGCAGGAGCGGACGCAACUAGAGCGCUCUAUAGCUGUUAUGAUAGCUACCAAAAUGCCCUUCAAAACUUAGUAGAUGAUCCAAAUCAACCUCCGGUAACAAAGGUUCAAGCUACUGGUUUGCGGGCUGCAAUAAGCAAACUGGAAACUGGAAUUCUUUUAGAAGUGUGGAAUAAGUUGCUACCGAAAUUUGAUAGUGUGAGCAAAACAUUACAAAAACAGUCCACAGACGUUUCCUUAGUAACAAAACUCUACGAUUCACUGAUACUGUAUGUAAGCAGCUUGCGAACCGAUGAAACAUUUGAAGAAAUCGAACAAAAUGCUAAAGAUUUAACAAAAUGUAAUAUAUACAAACUUGAAGUGAACAGAAUCCGAAUAAGAAAGCAAGCUUUCGAUGAUAGUAAAGAAAUUGAAACGAAUUUUGAUGAAAAACAAAAUAUGAAAAUUAACACAUUUUACGUUAUAUUAAAUAAUUUGUCAUCAGAACGAAUUCGAAGACAAAUAGCCUAUGAAAGGGUCUCAAACACGUUUGGAUUUAUGGGAUCGUUAUGUCAUCUUUCAGACAAUCAAAUUUCAAUAGAGGCAGCAAAUUUAUGGCAGAGGUAUCAGUCUGAACUUGAUAGAGAUUUUGCAGAAGAAUGUAUUCAAUUUAAAUACUUUCUAAAAGCUUUGAAGGAAGAAAACAAAGAAUAAAACUACAAUAUGGUUAAGAUACUACAAGUUCUGAGAAGACUCAAAAUAGUUGCAACAUAUCCAAAUAUCGACACUGCUUUAAAUUUUUUUUUUUUGACAAUACCAGCAACUAAUGUUACCGGAGAGAGGUCGUUUUCAACACUACGUAGAGUCAAGAACUAUUUAAUAAAUAGUUUAUCUGAUUCGAAAACCAGCAAUUUAGCUUUAUUGAGCAUUGAGAGUGAACUUGUAGACUCUCUAGAUGAAGACGAUAUUAUAUCGCUUUUUAUUUCAAG